AUGUUCGUACAGAUUCCAUUGACCAAAAUAAAAAGCAGAAAGGUCUUGCACAAAAUGGAGGUAACCCACAUCGACAAACUGCUAACCAUCGAAGAAAGACGCAAAAUAGCCAUGUUCUACCGUCAGGAGGAGGCAAAGAGAACUAGAUACAACCCGGAACCCUCAUGGAGCCUUCCACCUACCAUGCAAGCCAUCCAGAAUCCCCGGUAG